AUGCCCGGUCCUCUUCAGCCGUCUCACCCAACCCGUGCUUCCUCUUCCUCCUUUCCCGCAUUCUCUCCAUCUCUACCUCCUCUGUCCCGUCCAGCAGCUCCUCUACCUCCUCGUCUGUCCAAGACCUCGCCUUCUUCGGACUCUGGCCUCCUUAUUGGUGGGCGCUCUCGUAAGAAGAGACAGCGGCCCGGCGCAAGCCCAGUCGCAUUUCCGCGCUUCUUUCUUCAGUCUUCGCAGACUGCAGUCUCCGUCAUUCCCUCUAUCGCCGAGGGAAAGCCUUUUCCUCUCCAUGACACUUCGGCCCGGCAGAAACUGGCAAACACAUGUCCAGCCGCCUCAUCUAGUAAUCAUCGCUACGCCAAGAGCACAGGCGCAGAAAGUAGGACCUAUUCGAAACCCGUUCUGGUAAGGACUCGCACCUCUAUCGUACCCCAGUACCGACGGGGAACUAGUAGUAUCGCAGACUCUAGUCGUGUUCCUCGAUCUGAAUCUCCGGACCUCGAAGCCGGGCCUCGCGGUGGACAAACCGACUUUGGUACGGAGACCAGCAACCAAAGCGAAGGAUCUCGCUCUCACAUCAAUCAGGAUGUGAACUGGAGAAAGGCGAAGAACAAGAUGUCGACAUCAGACCAGCCCGAGAACGGCGUCAGCUCUCUGCCUCUACUAUGGGAGCGACGGUCAACAUCGUCUCGCCCGAUCGUUGUAAAGUCCAGGAAUGGAAAACCCAAGAAGCUGCCGCCAAUGGAUGCCUUUUCGUUCAAGAGCUUCAUGGCCGACCUGCAGACUCAGGGUGGAGACAACAACAUAGGAGCUGACCUUGACCGUAUUGCUGAGAUAUGUGCACGAUCCCGGUACUCGCUGAGUAACCAGUACGAGGUUCAUAUGGCACCCCACGGCUCAGGUGCUUCCCUCGUCUCUCCAGCGGGCGGACUAGCGCCAUCUUCCUCGGACACAGCGUUGAGAAGGAGGGAGAAUGGCUCUUACCAUUCCAGUCAAAGUGCCAGAACAGGUCCUACAUUACAGGCAAUUGUCCCUGAUGAAGAGGAGGGUGGUGCCCGAAGGAGGCGGAGAGGGCCAGGGACUGGAGGAAGGAGGCUUAAAAGCAUUGCCUAUGGGACUUUAGAGACGAUCAUGUCCUCCAGCCGCUCGUCAGAAGAGGACAGGUCGUCAAAAAAGCCAGCCGCUGAAAUAGCGGGCGUAGUUCGUGGAAGGAUCGACAGACAGCAUAGUAACUUGGGAUUCUCCGCUGCCGAUGCAGGACCAAGCGCUGCUACCACUAUCAAUCAAUAUAAUGAGCAUACAGCGACUGAUCAGGGCUUGGACGUGGAUGAUGGCCAACAAGGAUCAGGGGAAGCUGCCACGGCGUCGGCAGCAGCUAAACUAGCCAGGAAGAAAUCUGCAUCCUUCGCAACAGCAGUCAUGGACAAUCACAGCAGAAGCAGUGCCGGACAACUCCAGCGGUACGAGAGCACUUGUGCACUAGUCAGCGAGCCAGCCCUGCCGCAGACAUCCGACAGCCACCUGGGAGUAAGGACCGCAGCCUCUCCCUUUGCCGCUAGCGAUAACGCCAUCGUCACCAGGCCCUCGACUCUGACGCGCUCUGUCAGUGAUAUGCCAUACCAGGCUUCGAGGACAAAGGAGUAUUGGGCAGGUUCUUCAUCUUCUUCGACCAGGGUAAGUUGGAAUGGCUGGAUCCCUUGGAAGGGGGGCAGUGGUGGUGCUGGAUCGCAACGACAGCAGCAGCAGCAGCAGCACCAAGAGCAGGUUAUGAGGAGUGAGGCUGAGGAGGUGACGCCGACGAUGAGUGCGGGCUUGGCUAAACCUGGGAGAACGGUCAGUCAUGCGGAAGGAAGUCUGAGGCGGAUCCUUAGGUCUCGGUGAGAUAAUAGUUGGUUCCUACGGACGAAAGGAAUUUUGUUUGGUGUAUAUGUUAUUUCAAGGGAGUCAGGGUUACGCGUAAGGGUUUGGGUGGCUAUCUGAUUUCUCUGCUGGACAUCACGAAAUUAUGAUAAACGAAUUACGAUGUUGCGGGAGCGAGCAAUCCAAAAUGCAUAUAUAUGCCCUAGAAACAUGAGUUAGUGGGGGAAAAAUUGGCUAAAAGCCUCAAGCACCAAUUUCAUUCUACCUAUUCGGAGUUAAUAAAGCCAUGACACGCAUUUCUUAGAA